UAUAUAUAUAUAUAUAUAUAUAUAUAUAUACAUAUACGCGUGUGUGUGCAAAUGAAAAUUCGUCAUGAAAAUCUGUGCAUCUGAUUUCUUUGAGGCAGUACAGAUGUGGUUGACGAUGUUUCUCAUCUAAUGUGAAUGUAUGGUGACACGCGGUCGUGAAGGAUCAACUGGAGAGCGAGCUGUGGCAAGACAAGAUUAACUAUCUCCUAUUUAGUUGAUUGCAACUUGCUCGAUAUUCUUUCGAGUAAUUGCAAAUAGGAUAAAAAUAAGAACUUGUUCAAUCAUUAAAGUUCUAUUGGAAUAAACAAGAAAAUGGAGCGAGAAUCUAAUCCUAUGCAAGCUCUAUGUCGCAGCGGUUGUGGAUUUUAUGGCUCUCCAGCCACAGAUGGCCUUUGUUCUCUUUGUUAUAAAGAAAAUCUAAAAAAGAAGCAGCAACCUCCUGUAUCAGCUGCCACUGUACCAACAUCACAGACCGUCUCUGGUAACGCUGGUACGUUGCAGGGCGGUUUUGGUAGUCCUGCAGCUACAGGAAAUACAGCCCAACCUACCAUUCCUACCAUACCUCAAUCAACAACAGAUCUACCCAAUCCCAAAGAAAUAAAUAGGGAGGAUCAAGAAAAUGAAGUAGGUGUAAGCAGUGGAGCGGUAGCAGAAGGAUCUGUGAGUAGUGGGGAUGCAGAUGAUUGCUUUGAUGGCAAAGAGACUGACAAAGAAUCUAAGAAGAAGAAAAAUCGUUGCGCCGUGUGUCGCAAAAAAGUUGGUCUGACGGGAUUUGAAUGUCGUUGUGGAGGACUGUUCUGCUCUGUGCAUCGAUACAGUGACAAGCAUGAUUGCAAAUUCGAUUAUAGAGAAAUGGGCGCUCAAGAGAUUCGGCGCAACAAUCCAGUUGUUGUUGGUGAAAAAGUGCAAAAAAUUUGAACUAUUUAGUGCGUAGAUCGUUGGGAAAAUGGUUAUAUAACUAUAUAAACAAAACAGAAUAUAAAACAAAAAAAACGGAGAAAAUCGAGAUAAAUUAUCUGGCAGCUGAUUGCACGUCGAGGGGCGAGACGGAUGAAUGUAAGGAUUGUGAACGAAAGGGAAUAGGAAAUUAGUAUGAAAGAGUAUGAGAGUAAGAGAGAGAACGAAACUGUAGUAAAUGUGUUAGAACAGUUAAGAAUGAAAGUAUGAAUUUGCGAGAGAGAUAGAAAAGAAAAACAUGAGAGAAUGAAAAUUUGAAAGAAAAAAAUUGGUUUGUACAUGAUAUGCAAAUAUAUAGGAUUGCCGAAAGUAUAGACGAAAUUUUCCGAAGGAAGAAUGAAACAUAAAUAGAAAAGAAAGAUUAAAACGAAAAGCAAAAAAAGAAAAACAAACAAAGAAAUAGAAAUUAGAGUGCGUGCCGCGUGUACGAAUGCUUUGAGAAAAUUUUUGGAUGUUAGUGCCAUGUCAGAUUGUCAUCUAAGCGAGAGUUUUAAUCGAGAAUAUAUUUGGUUCUAACUGCUGCCAGCUUACUUAUUACCUUAUUAUUAUCUAUUACGAUUUAUUAUUAUUUUAUCUUAUGUUUAUUAAUUUACUUAAAAAAAAAAAUGCAAAAUUCGUGUAUGGAAGUGUUUGUUUUUUCUUUUUUUUUUCUUUUUUCUUUUCUUCUUUUUUUUUUAGAUUUAGCUUUAGGAAUAAAAAAUAUGAGAAUUCUUGGUGCAGUCUUGGUCAUGUUCUGAGACGUCUCAUCGGGAGUUCUGGGUUUUUGAAUCAAGAGAGAGAGAGCGAAAGAAAGAAAGAAACAAAGAAAAUUUUUUAUAUGUAUAUAAUCUAUAUUUCUCUCUCUCUCUGUUUCGUUCGUAAUGUCUAAAAAGAAAAAAGGGGGAAUGUUGCUUAGGUAAUGGCUGACGUUGAUGGGUGAUCACAAUCCUAGGUUAAUAAUUAGUCUAAUAAUUAUUAAGUAUAUUAGUCUAUUGAUUCAUAAAUAAUGCAAUGAAGUAUAAGUAGUACUGUGUGUUUAUGUCCAAUUUCACGUGAAUAUAACCAAUUAUUCCUUAUUAAAUAUGUUUCAAACUAUAUCGCAAAUCAAUUAUUUAUGCCAUGUGUUUAUGAAUCAUCAUAAAAAAAGAAAAAACAAAAUAGAGAUGUAAUAUUCAUCUAAUUAUCAGAAUAAUAUUUUCAAAAUAAAAUUAGGUUGUGUCACGUGAUUCAUUCAGUCGGUUUUCUUGUUUUUUUUUUUUUUCUAUUCUUCUAAAUAAAAUUAUUAUAUUGGUGCUAAAAUACACUUUGUACGAUGAAACGUCUAAAGAUCAGCCAGAUACAAAAACAAAAGAAAAAUAAUAACAAACGAGAGGCCCCUCGACGAAGGGACGACUAUCGCCCUAUUAUAUCGAUUAAUAAAAGAAGUAUUUCUCCGUUUGUCUUAACCAUUUCCUUCCGUGUUGCAAUACUUUUUAACAAAACAAAAAGAAAAAAAAAUCAUAAAAAAGGAAAACACAUGAAAGAAACGUAAGUUUCAAUCUUUUGUUCAGCGUGUCUCUGACUCUUAAACUAGAUCGUAGUUGAGAAAAAGAGAAAGAAGUUGCUGUAGGUAUUGAGUUUUAUGUCGCUUCUAUUAAAAAAACUCAAAAAUUGUUGCACGAAGCAAUUUGUUGUAAAAGAAAAA